AUGAGCGGCGCUCAUUGCCAUCCCUGGCCAUUCUUCUUAAACCGCAUUGGUGUCAAGGGACCUUUUCUGUUUAUGUUGCACUCGUCUAAACAUGGUGUGGUACACGCGAGUGACGUCGCGAACGCUGAAGUUGAACUGCUGGGAUCCAGCGGUCUCAACGUCAGAUCGGAAUUCGCAUCGAAGCCCACAGGUCUCGUUGACAGACAGAAGAUACGCAACAAGAUGCUGCGCUCCAGCUCCCUGCGCGCAGUCUCCGCGCACACGUCGCGCCGCGCGUUGAACGCUCGUACCAUGUCGUCGCUGCCGUCGUUCGCUACGGUGGACCCGGACUUCAGCGGCGCCAACCCCACCGAUGGCUUCAACCUGGUGAAUGGCGAAUGGACCAAAACUGCUAAGACGGAGACGAUCGUAGACCCUCUGAACGGCGAGGCGUUUAUGACCAUGCCGCUCACGCAGAAGAAUGAGCUUGCUCCCUUCGUGGAGAGCAUGACGAGCUGCCCCAAGCACGGUCUGCACAACCCGCUGAAGAAUGUGGAGCGCUACGUUAUGUACGGCGAAGUGAGCGCUAAGGCUGGCGCUAUGUUCCGUGAGGACAAGGUGGCCGACUACUUUGCCAAGCUGGUGCAGCGCACGUCUCCCAAGAGCUACUUCCAGGCCCGCAACGAGGUUAAGGUCACGGGCAAGUUCCUGGAGAACUUCUCUGGCGACCAGGUGCGCUUCCUGGCGAGCUCAUUUGGUGUGCCGGGCGACCACCAGGGCCAGACGAGCAACGGCCACCGCUGGCCGUACGGCCCCGUGGCUCUGAUCACGCCCUUUAACUUCCCCAUUGAGAUCCCCGUGCUUCAGAUGAUGGGCGCUCUGUUCAUGGGCAACAAGGUGCUGCUCAAGGUGGACUCCAAGGUGUCUAUCGUCAUGCAAGAGACUCUGCGUUUGUUGCACGAGUGUGGCAUGCCCCUUACCGACGUGGACUUCAUUAACUCUGACGGUGCCGUAAUGAACGACCUGCUGAUGCAGAUCAAGCCGCGCAACACGCUGUUCACAGGCUCGCAGGCGGUUGCUGAGAAGCUCGCCAAGGACCUGAGUGGCCGUAUUAAGCUUGAAGACGCUGGUUUUGACUGGAAGGUGCUUGGCCCUGACGUCCGCGACUUCGACUACGUGGCCUGGACCUCCGACCAGGAUGCGUACGCCUGCUCUGGACAGAAGUGCUCGGCGCAGUCGGUUCUUUUCAUGCACAAAAACUGGGCCAAGGCUGGUUUGGAGAAGAAGCUUGCGGAGCUUGCUGCUCGACGAAAGCUCUCGGAUCUGACCAUUGGCCCCGUGCUCACGGUCUCCACCAAGCGUAUGCUUGACCACGCUGCGGCUCUGCUGAAGCUUCCAGGUGCUCGUGUUGCAUUCGGCGCUGAGGAGCUGGAGAACCACACGAUCCCAGAGAAGUACGGAGCUGUGAAGCCCACGGCCAUCUUCGUACCGCUUAAGGAGUUUGUCAAGCCCGAGAACUUCGAGCUUGUGACCACGGAGAUCUUCGGUCCGUUCCAGGUCAUCACCGAGAUUUCACGAACGAAGUGCUGUCGGCUACGGUAA